CGGUGGCGGCGGCGGUGGGUCUCGAAGUAGUGGUAGUGGUAGUGGCAGUGGUGGUGGUGCCCGUCAACGCAAGGAGGGUGGGAAGCAGCUCGUUGGAGGGAAAGGCGAGGAACAGGGGGUCGGGCACUUUCCUGCGGGGAGUUCUUCCAUGGAUGACGGCCAAGGGGCGUCUCGAGCGUGGUGGACGGAGGAAGACGGAGCGGCUUCGACGAUCGUGACGCAGCAGCAGCAGCAGCAGCAGCAGCAGCAGCAGCAACCGUGGGACGAUAGCCUCCCGUACCGGCGUGAUGACUUCGUGAAGCUUCUCUCCAGCUGCCUCAAGGGGCUUGGCUACAGCAAUGCGUCCAAGUCCCUUGAAGAGGAGUCUGGGUACAAGGCGGAGCCAGACGGCUGCACGGAUGAGCUGCUGGUUUGCGUCUCGAACGGUCGCUGGAAGGAGGCUCUCGACCUUCUCCCCUCCGUGCAGUUCCCGAAGCCUUCCCUGCACGCCCGAGCACGGGCUGUGCUGCUGAGGCAUCGUUUCGUAGAGCUCGUGGAAGACAGGCACGUCGACGAAGCUCUGACCUGCCUGAGAGAAGACAUGACGCCUCUCUUCACUGCCUCCCAAUGUCAAGAGGCAGCCGGUCCCGCCAGUGGAGACGACGGUGAUCCUGACUUUCCCCGCCCAGAGCAGCUGCACGCCCUCUCCACCCUGCUGCUAGCCCCGUCCGCGCGACGGCUGUCCGCUUCGGGGAAGCCAUCCCUGUCGGCAGCAGCCAGGUCUGCGGCUAGAUCGAACGCCGCGGCGGCGCUCCGGGAGCUGCUUGUCGAGGGAGGGAGGGCGAUUCAGCACGGCCGGCUGGAAAACUUGGUGGCUCAGGCGCUGACGCUGCAGAAGACCAAGUGCAUCUACCACAACGCCGCGGAAAAGAUGGACCUGACUGAGGACCACUCCUGCCAGCUGAAGAUGCUCCCGCAGGUGUCGUGUCGACGCACAUCCUAGAAGACCACACCGACGAGGUGUGGUGCUGCAGGUUUUCCAACGGAGGCCGCAUGCUCGCGACCUCCUCGGCAGACGCCGUGCUCAUCCUGUGGGANGGGGGGGGGGGGGGGGGGGGGGGGGGGGG